AUGGCCGACCCGACGGACACGUUAUUCGAGCGAGAAGAUGACGAAGGAGAUUAUGGAGACGAAUCGAAUGCCCACCGUGACAGAGCGAGAAGCUUGGAAGACCUUGACCUGUCUGGUGACGAGAUGUCGGACUUGCAAAAAGACGGAGCUGAUGCUUCGGCGAAACGGACCCUUGACCCCGACAUGUUGAACGAGUUGUUGCUUGUGUGCUCAAACCUUGGUAUGAUGACUGAGACAGAAGACGGCGGUACCAUGUUCACCCGCGGGGAAGACUGCGAAGAAUGGGUGCACGAUUUGCAGCGCGCAAUUCGACGAGACCAUGCGACGUAUCGUCUUGUCGGCAAGACCCUUGGACGAUGGAAAAUCUUGCAGAAGAAGCUGCUUCCUUUGCUGAUCAACCAUCAAAACGACUGGUCGUUGGUGUUUUCCAUCUUGAAGGUGCUUGUCAUGUUGACCAUGAAGCCUACGAACGAGUCCGACAACAUUGCACUUCAACUCAACUAUUUGCGCGGGUACAAGUACGCAUUCCUUCAGCACGGCGUGAUCCAGGUGUUGAUGGCGAUCCUGGUGGAACCUUUGUCCCGUGAAGGCUCGUCUCGCACCUCCCAGGACUACUUGAAUAUGGAGCUCGUUCUGACGCUGUUCCGCAAUCUACUGGCAAUUCCAAACGAAGACACCCGUCUCGUCACGUCUGCCACCAACCACUUGGCUCGCCUGCAGGAGGACCUCAUCUGCAUCUUACACGACGAAAACGUCUUCGAUAUGCUGCUGCUCUUUGCCGAGGACAUUGAAGCAGCAGAGAACAGAGAGUGGAAUCUGCUCGUGAUGGAAAUGCUCGACUUGGUGCUUCAAACAACAUCUCCCAAGCAGCUCGUGGCAUCCAUUUUGGCGCCAAAUCAAUCGUCUGGAAUCGACAAUGCUCCUGCCACCAAGAGUACUCCCCCCGCUGCUCUUGCCGCAACUUCUACAUCAUCUGGCACCGCCGCAUCGUCGUCGUCGUCUCUGCUGUCAAAGCUCAAUCAAGAACAAAAGAACCAAACGAAGUCGUACCACCGCCAUUCCAACUUUGGCGGCAUGCUUGUUCUAAAUGGCGUCAUGGGUCGCAAAACUGUCGUCACAGACUUUAGCAAAACUGGCGACCAAGUGAUCCCACAGGCCCAGCGGAAGCCGCAGCAGCGCAGCCGACGGAGCAAAGGGCACGGCAUGAACGACAUCAGUGAAGUGUUUGGGUCGAACGUCUCGUCCGCCGUCGACGGCAAGCUGGGCACGACCCUUCGCCACAUUUGCGACACGUUGCUGAGCAAGAGCUACACGUCACUAACGACGUCACUCAAGAACGAGUUCCGCCGAGGGAGCGCCAAGUUGUUACCGAACGAUCGCUUGCUGUACUUUCACUUGAUCUGGUUCUUGACGGCAUAUCACCGGGCCAAGGGACCGCACUUGAAGAAACUGCAAAGCCAACUCAACCAAGAGUAUGAAGCAAGGACGGCGGCAAAUGUUCGCACAAACGGCGUGGAAGUGUCGUUGGCCAUCGAAGCGCCGCCGUCUCUCGUCGCGACCUACGACCAAAAAGCGAUUCUGUCGACGCUGGAUAUGUUUUCGUUCAAUUUCGUGCUUCAAUCGAUUGAGAGCUAUGCUGAGGUGAAGAACCACCACGGCAUGAUGUUAUCGGUCAAGCUACUCGCGGAAAUGAUAGCGAUGCUGACUGACCUGGGCACCAGCGAAGACAUUCGACUCCAGCGGAUCGGCCAUUCCCUGCAGCACAAACUGUUUUACGAACGCGACUUUUUGGACCGGCUGCCGGUGCUUAUCAAGUCGUGGAUUCCGACCGUGUUUUCCUUUGAAUUCGCAACAAACGUCGUCACGCUGACCCAUUUAGUGCUCAAGAUGCUGGAAUCGCAGGGCGACCGCUUGAAAGUCCUUCAAAAACGUCGUCGCGUCCAAGCCAAGAAAAGCAACAAGACCAAGGACGAUGAAGAGUCGGAGGAAGAGACCGACCGCCUGAUUGAACAAGAGAUGCGUCGAAAGGAAGUGCAGUUUGACUCGAAAAAGUACUUUGGGUCCAUGGUUACCCACGAAAGCGUGCGAUUGUAUUGCUAUGUCCUGCAGCGGUACAAGACCAACUCGCCCAAAGUCAACCAUUACGUGUACGCGUUCUUUUAUCGCAUUCAACAAUUCCACGCGAUCGAAGACGGCACGAUGGAACCGAUGCUGUACAACAUUCACGUGUUGCUUGUCUUCAACAAGAUGCUCCAAGACACUGCCGCAACGUCCCGCGCAGAAUUCCGUCCAUUCGUUGACUUUAUCAAGCUGAUCAUUCGCAAUUUCUUUUCGCUGGCUGAGACCAACCACUUGGUGUUUGUCGAGUCCCUCGUGCGGCACCCGUUCGCUCCUCGGACGUGUGCGCAGAUCCAAAACAAGUACACGUCGUUGGCGAUGGGGAGUAAGGACGCCGUGGCAAUCCACCCAUCGAGUCCGUCCGCCGAACCCGUCCGCCGGUACAUUCCCCGCGAGUAUGACAUGGACGGCGAGGCAGAAUUCGACGGCACGAUGUCGUUUGGGGUAGCGAAACCUGCCGACGCCCCAUCGAGCAACAAACCGAGAAAGAAACGUGACAAUACGAAGAAGUGGACGAAAAUCGAAGACCGGUACCUUGCUAAAAUGUUCGCCAAGUACCGCCACCUGCCGUCCGUGUUUGAAGUUAUUUCGUACGAAGACAUGUUUCAAGAUCGCGACCGGACUCCGGACCAGAUCGAGCGCCGGGUCAAGAGCCUCAAACUGCACAAACAAAAGGACUACGACUUUUCCACUGACGACGAUGACGAGAUCGCCAGCAACAGCAAGAAGCCCUGGGACGACUCCACCGACGACGACGAUAACGCAAAGACUUCGACGAGUCCGACGGUUCCGAACGAGCUUCCGCGACGAGUUGGCAGGCGGCGUCGGCUCACCCGCCCGUCCACGAAGGAAGACAGCUCGGACGACGACGGCAUGGACUUGUUGGCGCAGUCGUCACCUCGGCAAUCAAAUUCAAAACCCGAAGACGGGCAAGCGUCGCCACAGCAACACGACUCGGCAGCAUCCCCGUCCUCGUCCCCGCCGCAAACGAAGACACCUCGGCUCGUCCGACCCGCCAAAAACGACGACUCUGACGACGAUGACCUGGACAUGCUGCUGUCACGGGGCAGCAGUUCGACAUGGUCACCCGAACAAACCAAACGGCGCCGCGGAGACGCCGACAGUCUGCCAGACUAUAUCGUGGCCUCCAAGCGCACCCGGCACGACGACGAAAGCCGCGUGGCGGACGAAGCUCAGCAGAGCGAAGUGCGCGGCGUGAUCGAGCAGAGCGAAGACUUUUCGUUCGAGCAGAGCGUCGACAUGUAG